AUGGCUACUCCUGUACAAGAAGUAUCUGAGGCGCAGGGCGUCCGCUUCGCACCACAUGACCAGCACAUAUCUCCCGAGCAGAGCCUCCAUGCUGUCGAAGAUCUGACACAACAUGGCAGUCAGAGGCGUGAUGAUCUGAAUCCUGAGGCUGAGCAGGAACUUCAGCAAUUGAAGACCACAUUGCAGAACAACAUCCAAUCUUCGCGGAUGCAACAUCAUGCUUUUGAACCAGUCUCAUUACCUGGCUCUCAGCCAGCUUCGCGCAUGCCUUCCGGGACUACCACACCAAGUCGACGGCUACCAGCUGGAUCGGGUCAUGGCACGCCGAAACAGUCUCCGCCUACAUCUGCGGUACACUCACCUCCCCUCACGCCAGCUGCGACGUACUCUCGAGACGCCAAAGGUUCCAUCUCCGGAGCCCCGGCAUUGCGAAGUGUCAUACCAGAUGUGAUGACACCACAGCGGUCGACCUCCCCUCAGCACGACGACAAACCAUCACAAGCAACAGCGGCAUCGGUAGAAAACGCCGCAGGCAUAGCCGCGCAUCCAAAGCCAACCCCAAGAUUCUCGGUUGGACCGACAGAUUCUAGUGAGGUCAGUCCGGCCGGCACGCCUACAGGCACAGCACCUGGCACACCAAGACUCUCUACAUCCACUGCGCCUACCAGUGAUCCACUGUCCUCCAUCCCAGCUAAGCGACACUCGCAAAGCUCUAGGCCUACCAGCUACAGGUUUGGCGACCGGGACCCGACAGUAGGAUAUACGAACUCUGGGCUGGCUACCACAGCAGUACCACCUGUACCUGGAGCCAUGACCAACAAUGCUCCAACUCUACCACGGUCGAAUAGCAGCGGAACAAGCUUGCAAACCUUCAGUGAUAAGCGCUCUAGCAUAUUUGGAGGAAAGAAGCACGAUGACAACUCGCAAGACAAGGAAUCGCAUAGCUCAAAGUCAAAUCUGAAGCGAUUCUUCAAGUUUGGAAGCUCUCACAAGCAUGAAGACAAGCAUAACUCGAAUGGUGGCCACAAAGACGGGACAUCGACACCACCAAAUGGCGCAGCAGUGCAGUCCAGUGUGCCGUUCGCGGACGAUCACGGCCUGCAAUCGAAGUAUGGCAAAUUCGGCAAAAUGCUGGGGUCAGGGGCAGGAGGCUCUGUUCGACUUAUGAAGCGAACGGGCGACGGCACCGUCUUUGCUGUGAAACAAUUCCGAGAUCGCCACGCAUACGAAAGCGAGAAAGAAUACAACAAGAAAGUCACGGCGGAGUUCUGUAUAGGAAGCACGCUCCAUCACGGCAAUGUCAUCGAGACGAUCGAUAUUGUGCACGAGAAGGGCAAGUGGUAUGAGGUCAUGGAGUAUGCUCCGUUCGACCUCUUCGCGACCGUCAUGACGGGCAAGAUGGGAAGGGAAGAGAUCUACUGCUCGACGUUGCAGAUCCUGGGUGGUGUCUGCUACUUGCACAGUAUGGGCCUGGCACAUCGAGAUUUGAAGCUAGACAAUGUGGUGAUCAAUGAGCAUGGUAUUAUGAAGCUCAUUGAUUUUGGAAGUGCGGUGGUGUUCCGGUAUCCGUUUGAGAAUGAUGUCGUGCUAGCUACUGGUGUCGUUGGUUCCGACCCUUAUCUCGCCCCAGAAGUCUACGAUCAAUCGAGAUACGACCCACGCCCGACAGAUGUCUGGUCAAUUGCGAUAAUAUUCUGCUGUAUGACACUUAGAAGGUUCCCAUGGAAAGCACCAAGGCUAUCAGACAACUCAUACCGACUAUUCGUCUCGCCUCCGGAUCCCGAUCAGGAGAAGCUGUUAGAUCAGCACAGACGAUCAGUCGUAGCGGAAGACCAACGCAAGCGAUCGAUCCAGUCCGCACCGCCAUCACGCAAUACAAGCGUAGACGAGUCGAACGACCAGGGACAUCACCAUCACCAUCACCACACCGAGGGCGGUACCAACAGUGCACCCGGCAGCGAAUCCGUAAGCCGCCAAAGCACCCAGAGCGACCCGAACAACCAACCCGUCAUCAAGGGCCCACUGCGCCUGCUCAGACUGCUCCCGAGAGAGACCCGCCACAUCAUCGGCAGAAUGCUCGAACUGGACCCGAGAAAACGAGCAACGACGGAUGAGAUUCUGGCGGAUCCGUGGGUGCAGAAUAGUCUCGUCUGUAGGCAAGAGGAGAAUGGGGUUAUUAUCAAGGCGCCAAAUCAUGUGCAUGCGUUGCAGCCGAGUAGUCCGCAGCCGGCGAAGUAG